CCUAAGUAUCUGUAUGGCAACAGCAAUGUGCGGUGCGGUGAAACAUGGGACCAAGUCUAACCGUAUUCAAGAACUAAUUGAUACAGUUGGCUCUCGUACCGAAUUUGCAUACAUCCCACUUCUGGCUCAACUCUCCGAGGGCACUGUUGUGGUGCAUGCCUAGGUUGGGAAUGAAGGUGACAAAAAAAAAACAGAAGUUCCAAUUGUACUUCACUCAACGCUGAUGGGCCGCCUGCAUGGUCAGCUUGGUGCAGGGUAGUACAGCUCACCAAGGCAUCCCAUCCAUAGCGACUGGGAUGGACUGUGCCAUUUACCCCACUACACUGGUAGCCCAGCGUAUGACGACGUCGCAAACAAUCAACCGAGCUGCGAAUAGGUACCGCCGACCUGCCUCAACCGCCAGCUCCCCAAGCUCACCUAUAUUGUAUAUCUCACCUCAGUCACACACGACUUGGGUCCACCGAAACGACACAACACUCGAACAUCGCUUUGUCCGAUCGCUGGCAGGCCGUCAAAAUGUCGAUCAUCCAGCAUCACACCUCAGCCUCGCUCACGGAUGCCUGGCGCACCAUCAACAUCGACGCACUGACCGAGGACAGUAGCGUCAACUUUGAUACCUCGACGCUGCGCCCGCCCCUGCCAGAGGUCAGUGAUGCAGAAGUGCGACAGCUCGCCCAGCAGAUUCGUCAAUUGCUACGAGGAGGCGACCCCGAGGGCGCGUUAAGGGGCUGCCUAGAGAUGCCCGUCUACCAGGCAGAUGAGCCGGUCAAGGACGCGCAUCUCCAGACUGUAAUCGAGGUGCUGCAGUCAAUCAAGGCUAGCGACAUGACGCCCAUGCUUAAUCGCAUAUAUGGAUCGGAUGGCGGCAGUGAGCUUUUGGACGUGCUCAUGAAGUACAUAUACAAGGGCAUGGCCGCGGCGUCAUCAAAUGGCAACCCCCGAACCCCCACCAAAGUCACACCUCAAGCUACCGGAGGCUUUAGCCAGGUUGGCUCGAGGCCCGGAGCAGCAAACGAGUCGGCAGGCGCAGGCAUGAGUGUGCUUCUGAGUUGGCAUGAGAAAGUGGUUGAGGUUGCAGGGCUGGGUUGUAUAGGUCGCGUUAUGACCGAUUGGAGGAGGGUAUGAUUUGCACUGCAUCGGUGGAUGUUAGUACAACGGAACGGAGCAUGUAUUAGACGUUUUAUGAUGAAUCCACCGUCAAGAUUGCAUGCGAUAGAUGCGCGAUUGCAAAGCUGCUCGUCCUCGACAAAUCAGUAGCUAGCUAGGGUAUCAUGCGAGGAAUACUACUAAUACAUGUAUGUUUUCAACGCG